UCUAAAAUCACUGCUUUCAUAAGGUUCAUGAGAGAUAAAGUAGAUUCGGAAAUCCUUAGUUUGUCUCAAAGACUGUUCAUCAUAUUUUAUGGAGUGUCCUUUAUUUUUGAACUUUCGAAGAUAAUCUUGAUGAGAUAUUUAUCAGUAAAUUUCUGAAAUAUCAAUCAAAAGUACAAGCAGAAUUGUUUUUGUUCAAGGUAAGCAAGCUCUAGUUGCAGAUAUUAAAAAUAAUUCAACCAGCUUUCCCCUUUUGCCAAUUUUAUAAGGUUUAGAGGCGUCUGAAUUUGUUUUAUUGAUAAAGAGCUGUAGUAUCCAUUGAAUUACUCCAACCAAAAAAACUAUUAUUCAAAUUUUGGCCCAAGAGUUGACAGUGCUCUAGCAAGAAACCCAGAUUCUUAAGUUAUAUAAAUAAUUUAAGUAAAACUUAUCUCUCUAGUUUUAUGUCUAAUAAAGGACCCUCAGCAUUUCUUCAAAGUAAGAAGAGAAAAUCCGCCCAAAUAUCUCCUCUCAAGGUUCUUUCGCAUUCUAAAAGUAAAGAAUUUGUCAGAAACCCUUUUCUCAAUCACCUAGUUCCGUUAUUACUUGUCGGGUUUAGUAAAUUUCACAAUUUUUCUAAAGUUCUGAAAACAUGUAUGCUUCGAAUAAAAUUCUUCAAAAUGUUGAAGAUGGUGGCCUUCGCUCUAAAAUUUGAGGAUCUCACAUCACAAAGCAGCUGAAUAAUAUCUAACAGAUAGGACAGGAGACACUAGAAACCAGCUUUAGAAGGCUAAGGCUGGACAAGUCUCAGCUCCUCCUAAACAAGGCUGUUGAGAUUUCAACUUAGUGAAUGACUUUUUGAUUAAAUAAGUCUUAAAUUUUCUGGAAUCUGACUCUUAUUUUGAGUCUGAAGAUGCUCUAUCCAUAGAAGUGGAUGGUAAAACAUAAAGGUAAAUAGUUUCAGAGCCCUACAGAUGAAGAAAAAUCUUUUCCUUACCUCUAAGAGGGUUAUUUCAAAGGUUGAUAGCAUGAGAAAAUCUUUCUUUAUGAUAGAACUUUUACUGGAAAUUUUGAGGGACAUAUCUCAUAUUUGCACCAGCACUUUAUUUAUCUUUGCUUUAAAAACUUUUGGCUGCAAAUUAAUAACAAAGAUAAGGAGAAGUUAUUGAACUUAGGAAAAUUUUUAUACAGAUUAUCCUCCAUCCAAUGUAUUUCUAUAAAUAAUUUUUCAUCCAUUUUCAGAUAGGAAACUUCAAGAUUUUAGAAUUUCUACAGUCUCUGCAAACUUGCUAAAUCUCUGUUUGAGCUUAUAGCCUCUAAGCAAGGGUUUAGCAAUAAGUCUUGCUGCUUUAGAGUAGGAAUUAUAAAAAUAUCAACUAUAAGUAAACUCUUUUAAACCCAUCUGCUUCUUUCACCUAAAUUUGAGAUCAAAUCAUUAUUUUCGGUGAAUCAAAAAUGGCAAAAUGAUUUCAUUCUCAAGGAUUUGCACUCGAAAGAUGCAACAGGCUCAGGUUUUAGAGCUCCUAUACUUUCAAGUAAGGAAUAUUAGUAGCCAAUAAUUUGUUGAGGGCCUUGUGAAAGCAGAUAGACAUGUCAGAUUUAAGUACUCACAACAAAUUUGUCUCAGCAAGUGCAUCAGGGAAGAAUAAAGAUGAAUUAUUGAAUUUUCUUGAUGUGUGAUUUCAUAAGAUAUCAGUGAUAAAAUUUAUUUUAAUUCAGUUUAAGAGUUAUCUUCUUCUAAUUUCAAGACCUUCUACUGUCUUCCAACAUUAAUUUCUACUCCUCCAUCAACCAAACUAUUG